AUGGCGCCCGGGGCCGUCGAGUGGACCGUCGUCGUCCUGACCUGCCAGCGCCGGGACUGCGUCUCGGCCUUCCAGCAAGAGCUGGAGACGCGGUGGCGCAGGGGCGCCCUGGGCCGGCGGCCCGUCCUCCUGGUCGUGGAGGACCCGUCGGGCCGCGCGGGCAGCGGCGGAGCCACGCUCAACGCCUUGCUGGUGGCGGCGGAGCACCUGAGCGCCCGGGCGGGCCGCACGGUGGUGACCUCCGACGUGCUGAAGGAAGCCCGCGUCCUCAUCCUGCACGUGGGCCGUGACUUCUCCUUCGAUGACUGCGGCCGAGCCUUCACCUGCUUGCCCGUGGAGGAGCCCGACGCGCCGGCCGAAGCUCUGACCUGCAACCUGGACAGCCUGCUGGGGACCAUGACGCGCCGGCUCUGCGUGGGCUCCCCGCCGGGCGUGUGGGUCUGCAGCACGGACAUGCUCCUCACCGUGCCCGCGGCGCCAGGGAUCGCCUGGGACGGCUUCCGGGGCGUCCGAGUGAUCGCGGUGCCCGGCAGCCAGGCGUACGCCAAGAGCCACGGGGUCUACGUCGCCGAUGGGCAGGGGACGGUGAGCGACAUCAUCUACAGAGGCACGGAGGCUCAGCUGCAGCAGUGCGCGGGCCCCGACGGGACCGUGCCCCUGGUGUGCGGCGUGGUUUUCUUCUCCUCCGACGCCGCCGAGCAGCUCCUGGCCACGCACGUCAUCCCUCCUCUGGACGCCUGCACCUACCUGGGCCUGGACUCGGGAGCGCCGCCCGUCCAGCUGUCCCUCUUCUUCGACGUCGUGCUGUGCAUGGCGAGCGGGGUGACGCAGGAGGACUUCGUGACGGGCGGCGGCGACGCCGGCGCCAGGAGCGCCCGCUCCGUGCUCUGGACGGCCCUGCGCCCCUUCCCUCUCAGCAUGGCCUGCGUUCCCGGCGGAUCCUACGACUACCUGAGCGCGGCCGCGAGCGACCACAUCCGCAGCCUGACGCCGCCGCCUGGCUCCGCCGGCCGCCUCCGCUUCCGCCAAGUCGCCCAUUCCCACGUGGACCAGCCCCGGCUCCUCGAGGUCGGCUCGUCGGUCACCAACUGCCUGCUGGAAGGCGCCGUGCGGCUGGCGCCCGGCAGCGUCGUGCAGCACUGCCAUCUCCAGGGUCCCCUGGAGAUCGGCCCCGGCUGCCUCCUCUCGGGCCUCGCCGCGGCCUCCUCGGCGGCCCUGCGGAGCUGCCCGCUGCGCGACGUCGUCCUGCAGGGCCACCGCGUGCGGCUGCGGGACCUGCCCUGCCGCGUCUUCACGCUGACCGGCCGCCUCGACGACUGGCAGAGCCCUGCCGAAGAGGCCACCUACCUGAACGCGCCGUGGAGCGAGUUUUUCCAGCGGACGGGCAUACGGGAAGGGGACGUGUGGGGCGCCGAGACGCCGCGGGGGAGCCGCUGCCUGCUCAGCGCCCGCCUCUUCCCCGUGCUGCACGCCUCGGAGGCGCUGGGGCUGGAGGACGUGCUGUGGCUGCUGGCCCCGGCGGCGGCGGCGAGCGGGCGGCUGCAGCGCUGGCGGGCCGCCUGGCGCAUGUCCUGGGAGGAGCUGCUGCCCUGCCUGGACAAGGCGGCCGAGCUGGGCGCCCGCCGGGCCCUCUUCUUCCAGCAGGGCCAGCGCAAGGUGCGGCGGGUGCUGCUGGGGCGCGAGGACGGCAGCCUCCUGCCGCUCACCCGCAGCGCCGUGCACGAGGGCUACCACGAGGCCGUGCUGGGCACGCUGGACGAGGUUGCCUCCACGACCGACGACGCGGGCAUCGCGGCCCGGGCGCUCGCGUGCAUCGCCGACGUGCUGGGCUGCAUGGCGCAAGGGGAAGGGGGCUUGCGGAGCGGGCCGGCUGCCAACAAGGAGUGGGCCUGCGCCUUUGGGCGCCUGGAGAGCGGGGACAUCGCCGGGGGCGUCCGGGAGCUGGCCGCAGAGCGGAAGAAGUGGAUGAGCAGGCCAGCCCUGCUGGUGAGAGCAGCUCGGCAUUACGAGGGGGCUGGGCAGAUCCUCAUCCGCCAGGCUGUGAUGUCCUCGUGCCAGUUUGUCACCGUGCGGCAGGCGGAGCUGCCGCCGUUGGGGCGCUGGGUGCGGGUGACGUGUCCGGCCCGCCUGGACCUCUCCGGCGGCUGGAGCGACACGCCUCCCAUCACCUACGAGCACGGGGGUGCCGUGGUGGACGCCGCCGUGCUGGUGGACGGGCAGCGGCCGAUCGGCGCCCGGGUCCGGCGCAUCUGCGAGCCGGAGCUGCGCCUCGCCAGCGUCAGCGGGACGCCGCAGGGCGAGGUGGCCGUGGAGCUGGUGUGCCGCGAGCUGGAGCACUUGCAGGAUUACUGCCAGCCGCAUGCGCCAGGAGCCUUGCUGAAAGCUGCCUUCAUAUGCACCCAGAUCGUGCAGUUCCCCUCGCAGAAACCCUUACGAGCCCAGCUGCUGGAUAGCUUCGGUGGCGGCUUCGAGGUGCACACCUGGUCCAAGCUGCCCCAUGGCUCGGGCCUGGGCACCAGCAGCAUCCUGGCCGGAGCCGUGAUGGCAUCGCUCUACCGGGCGGCGGGGAAGGCUGCCAGCACCGAGUCCCUUAUCCAUGCCGUGCUGCACCUGGAGCAGAGGCUCACAACAGGAGGCGGUUGGCAGGACCAGGUGGGCGGGCUCGUGCCAGGCAUCAAAAUUGGGAGGUCGAAAGCCCAGCUCCCGCUCAGAGUGAAGGUGGAGGAGAUCCCGGUGCCCGAAGGCUUUGCCCAGACCCUCAGCGAUCACUUGCUGCUGGUGUACACAGGAAAGACUCGCCUGGCCCGCAACCUGCUCCAGGACGUGGUGAGGAACUGGUACGCCAGGCUGCCCGGCGCCGUGCAGAACGCCGACGCGCUGGUGAGCACCGCCGAGGAGUGCGCCCAGGCCUUGCGGCGAGGUAAUCUGCCGCUCAUCGGCGAGUGUCUGAACCGCUACUGGCAGCAGAAGAAAUGCAUGGCCCCCGGGUGCGAGCCGCUGGCCGUCGGGCGCCUGAUGGACGCUCUCCGGCCUUACGUCUACGGGCAGUGUUUGGCUGGGGCCGGCGGCGGCGGCUUCCUGUACGUCUUAACCAAAGCUCCGCGGCAGAAGGAAGCCUUGCACCAAAUUCUAGCAAAAACGGAGGGACUGGACAACUUCAGCAUCCACAGCAUCGAAGUGGACGCCGGCGGUUUCUCUGUGGAGGUAGAGGGAAGUGAUCCUGAAGGUAGUGCUCAUCCCGGAGAGGACGCAUCCAUGUGAAGGCCUUCGGCCCUGGACAGUUCCUGGUGGAUACGUGGGGCGGGGGGGGAGCAGCCAGCUGCUCCUCUGAAGCGGGGGAAAUUCCCAGGCUGGAGUCUCGGCUCCCUGCGCCUGCAGCCGGGACUGGUUCUGGUUUGUACGCUGGCUUGCUGACUGCGGGACAGAGAGCCAGAAGCCCUUUGAUUCAUUGCUGUACACCAAGGCCAAGCCUUGGCCAGGUCCUGACAGCAGCCCAGCAGAGCCCAGGGUAUCCCUCUUGGGAACAGCGGCUGGGCCUGAAGUACAAAUUGGCCAGAGCUGCCAGCCCUCAUCACAGGGUGCUGUCACAGCUACUCUCCUCAACAGCAGCCAUAUGCCAGCUCCUUCAGCUGGCUCCAGCGAGUGCCUUAGGUCUUGACGUGACCUUCUUGUGCUGAUACCUGCCCCAACAGACACUGAGGCUGGAGGAACUGUGAUGAGCUGAGCAGGCAAACCUUCCCGCAAGGACAGACUUGCUGGACAGACUGGCUGCUAGGAGCAUAGCUGAACUCCAGGCUGAUCCCAGGACCUUCCUCCUCCAAAGGGAGGAAGAAUAGCACUAGUAACAUUCCCUAUAGCAGGGCCAAGGUUAUCGAUACUGCUGGGCCUUCCUGAUCUUCCAGCAGCAGUGGUCUGCACUGCCAUCAAGAGUGCAUCAAGGUCCACCCUCGAUGUGGAAUCACGUCCCCCCCAACUCUGUGCUCAUCGAAGAGAAGGUACCACGAGAUUAUUUCUGCAGUGGGUUACUGAUUCCUGCUACUGUUUCUCUGAGUAAAAGAUUGCAUGUUCCCA